AUGCUGAAGGUCCUACUCAUAAUACUUCUGAUCGUCAUAGCUUAUCCGAUUUACCUGCUGUUCAUUGAGAGUCCUCCACCACUGCCGAAGCUUGAUUACAAUGCUUGGUGGGGACCUGAGAAGCUGCGACAGAGGCAAGACACAAGUAUUCGACCAUUUGCUAUCAAUUUCACAGAAACUAUGAUAAAUGACCUCAGAGGCAGAUUAAGGAAUCACCGCGAUUUCACACCCCCACUUGAAGGAAUUGCUUUCGAAUACGGAUUCAACACAAAGGCCCUGGACUCCUGGAUACAGUAUUGGGCGGAGGAGUACCCAUUUGAGGAUCGGGAGAAGCACAUUAACCAGUUUCCGCAGUUCAAGACCAAUAUCCAGGGUUUGGAUAUACACUUCGUUAGGGUUAAACCUCAGGUUCCAGCGAAUGUGGAAGUUGUGCCGUUGUUGCUUCUACAUGGAUGGCCGUCUUCAGUACUCGAGUUUUAUUCUGUAGUACCUUUACUAACGACCCUUAGUAAGGGUAAUAAUUUCGCAUUAGAAGUAAUCAUUCCUAGUCUACCAGGCUAUGGAUAUUCCGAUGCAGCUGUUCGUCCAGGUUUAGGAGCAAUUGAGAUUGCAGUGGUUUUGAGGAACCUUAUGCGCAGGUUGGGACAUGACCAGUUCUACAUCCAGGGUGGUGAUUGGGGUGGUAUAAUUUGUAGCAACAUGGCGACAUUGUUUCCUAAGGAAGUGCUGGGUUACCACACCAAUUUUGGGAUACUCAGGGAUCCGAAAUCGUUCAUACUUGAAUUACUGAUAUCAAUCUAUCCACCCCUCUUCAUGGACCCUGAAUUAGUGGACCGGUUGUACCCUCUAUCGAAGAGUUUCUCCUUUUUAGUGGAAGAGUCAGGAUAUUUCCACAUUCAAGCUACAAAACCUGAUACAAUUGGAGUCUCUCUAACCGACUCUCCAGCCGGUCUUCUAGCGUACAUUCUAGAAAAGACAUCUGUAGCGACUCGUCCCGAAAAUAGGAAUCUGGAAGACGGUGGUCUCACCAAGUACUUCACCAGAGAACACCUAGUCGAUAACCUGAUGAUGUACUGGACCAGUAACUCUAUAACUUCGUCUAUGAGAUUAUAUGCUGAAACAAUUAAUAAGAAGCAGUUAUCUGUGAAGAUUCACCAGAUCCCAACUUCAGUUCCCACGUGGGUGGUCCAAGCUAAACACGAGAUAAGCUACCAGCCUCCCAUCAUUCUGAAAUUCAAGUACCACAACUUGGUCAACGUGAGAGCCAUCGACAUAGGUGGUCACUUCCUCGCAUCGGAACUGCCCCAAGUCUUCGCUGAUGAUGUGCUCGAUGCCAUACAAGCGUUUAGGAGUUUGAAAAAGAGUUCAAAAAGCGAAUUGUGAUUU